GGCAUCUUCAGCCCAGGAACAACCGCGUCUAAGUGGGACUGGCUGUCAAAAGGCCAACUGUCCAGGGAAAGAAGAUGCAUGAGUGGUCUUUGCUCGCAAAAAGGGGGUGGUGAGAUUCAUAUUCCUUCCACAUCCAUCAAGAUGCCAAGAUUCCUUCCCUGGCUCUCUGGAUAAUCCUCAGGUUUUUAUCCAUAAUCCCCAUGCACGUGGCCAGCAGGUUAAUACGAACCGUUUGAUGCUUAGUGCCCAGGAUGCGGAUAUUUCCCUUCUGAACAUCAACGAGGCAGUCAGCUGCUUAACUGCAGGGGUGCUGAACCCUGACCUGGGGGGCGAUGUUCUCCUUGUUGGCACUCAGACCAGUCUGUUGGCAUAUGACGUACACAACAAUGCUGACUUAUUCUAUGCUGGGGUUCCUGAUGGAGCAAACACGAUAGUACUUGGAACAUUAGGAGACAUUUCCUCACCUCUUGCAAUUAUAGGUGGAAACUGUUCCUUGCAAGGCUUUAAUCAUGAAGGAAAAGACCUUUUUUGGACGGUCACUGGUGACAAUGUUCGUGCACUGGCAUUGUGUGACUUCGAUGGUGAUGGGAAAAAGGAGCUGCUCGUCGGAUCAGAGGAUUUUGACAUUAGGGUUUUCCGAGAAGACGAGAUUGUGGCAGAAAUGGCAGAAACUGAGAUCAUCACUGCUCUAACGCCCAUGGGCAGCAGUCGCUUUGGCUAUGCCCUUUCUAACGGCACCGUAGGGAUUUACAACCAGGCGGCCCGUUACUGGAGAAUUAAAUCUAAGAACCAGGCAAUGAGCAUCCAUGCCUUUGAUAUCAACUCUGAUGGAGUCUGUGAGCUGAUCACUGGCUGGUCCAGCGGGAAGAUCGAUGCACGCAGUGACCGAACUGGAGAAGUUAUCUUCAAGGAUAAUUUUGCUUCCUCGGUUGCAGGAAUUGUGCAGGGAGACUAUCGGAUGGAUGGCAAUACCCAGCUCAUCUGCUGCUCCGUUGAUGGUGAAGUACGGGGUUACCUGCCAGGAAGCCAAGAGAAGGGGAAACUGAUGGAUGUAAGUGUGGAGCAGGCCCUCAUUCGAGAACUUAGUCAAAAGAAACAAAAUCUGCUGCUUGAGUUACGCAACUAUGAAGAAAACUCGAAGCAAGUGGAACUGAACACGCAAGUGAAUGAAGCAGAUGGGCAAAAGGGAGUCAUUCCAGCCAAUACCCAGCUCCAGACAGCCCUCUCGGUCAACCUGGGCUCCGAUAGUGAAUCUGCUCACGUAGAGUUACGCAUUUCCACGUCCAACGACACCAUCAUCCGAGCAGUGCUGAUCUUUGCUGAAGGAAUAUUUGAAGGUGAGAGUCAUGUGAUCCACCCGAGUCUUCAGCACCUCUCAAGCCACAUUAAAGUUCCUCUCCAUCCUCCCAAAGACAUUCCAGUGGAGCUGAACAUCAAGGCCUUUGUGGGCUACAGGAAUAGCAUGCAAUUCCACGUCUUUGAGCUGUCCAGGCAGCUCCCUCGCUUCUCCAUGUAUAUCCUGAGCAGUCCAGACUCUGCUCCUGGGCCUCUAAGUUUUGUCCGAUGCACAAUCAGCGAAAGGGUACAAACUGUCAUCCUGUGGCUAAAACAAAAUUUCCUGUUACCAGAGGACAUGAAGAUGCAAAGCGAGUCAUUUGAAGUUUGCUUCACCUCCUUGCGGGAUGCAGGGCAGUUGUGCAUCAAAAUGCAGCCCAGUGGGGAGAUCUCGAUUAAUACAGACAACAUUGAUCUGGCUGGUGAUAUUAUCCAGUCAAUGGCCUCCUUUUGGGCUAUUGAAGACCUGCAGGUGGAAGCAGAUUUUCCGGCAUACUUUGAGGAGGUGCGCAAGGCCCUGAUUGCGGUCGACAGCUCCCACGCGGUCUGUCAGAAGCUCACAGCCAACAUGGCUGACAACUCCAAUCUCAUCCGCAGCAUGUUGGUUCGAGCAGAGGAUUCACGCCUCAUGGGGGACAUGAAAAAUACGAAGAAGCGAUAUGCUGAACUGUACGAUCUAAACAGGGAUUUGCUUUCCCAGUACAAGAUUCGCUGCACUAAUCACACUGAGCUUCUAAGUAACCUCAAGGCAGUAAAUCAAGCCAUCCAAAGAGCGGGACAUCUGCGGGUUGGUAAACCUAAGAUGCAGGUGAUCGCUGGUUGCCGGGAUGCUAUUAAGAACAACAGCAUUAACAUGCUAAUCAAGAUAAUGCGUCUGGGAACAACUUCCUCUUGACCAAAGACUGGAGCAGAAAGCAUUGGGAAGAGGUUCACAAGAGGUUGCCAGCCCAGGGAUGGACCGAAAGGUAGACACAGAUCGCUUGUAGCUCAGCUUAGCCUGAAUUGCUGGUAUGCAGCUGCCCAGUGGAGUCAAAGGUACACCUGUGCUCCGGCCAAGACGAAUUACAUUACUAAAAGCAAGAGAAGCAGAACCUACGGCAGUGGUGGGAGAAAGCAGAGGAGCACUGACCUCCUUUAUAGACAUCGUGUUUGAGGAGAGACAUCACAGAAGUUCCAUGGGACGGACCAAAGCCAAGAGCCUCAGCUUCUAUAAAGGCAUUAUUAAAGAACUAUGAAUUUGCAGCAUGUAAGAUACAAUAAAACUAGCAGACCUCA